AUGUUGGCCUUGACCUCUCCGAUCAGCAAUCUACAUUCUACCUACUCGUCGGGAGUCGCCCCGGGGGUUCAGUUCGCUCUUGAUUUAACAGACAAUACCGCGGGCAUGUCGGAGAAGGAGGAUUUUCUGUUUUCCAGGCAGCAGCAAGAUACGGCUACCGCGAGGUCGCUGGCCGAUACCUCGUCUCCAUUUUCUUUCUCCAGGUUUGCACAGUGGCCGUCGUCCACCUACGACCCGUUUGCUGGGGAAUCUGGCGGCCGCAUAUCUCCAGAGCGGUCGGAGAGGCUGCGGCAGAGGCUCCCUCUAGAGAUCCACAACGCAGCUCGUAUACCCACGGCGACUCCUGUGGGCGAUCCUUUCCGACCACUCUCAUUUGUAUCACAGUCGUCUACGUUCGCAUCUGAACCGGGCUCGUAUCCGCAACACGGUCUGCCACCCAGGUCGAAUCCCGAUGACCCCAACAUGACGCUUCGGAGGCAGAGCCAGGACAGUUUUAUUCUUCAGACAGGGUCUCCCACAAGUCAGGGCUAUGCAGAAUACGACCUGGAAACGCAAAAUCGACGGGCUUCCGAGAUGGGCAGGACCGCCACUCGCUACCACACGCGGAGACGACCUUUCAACCAAGACGAGUUCGACGGGCCUUCUCAGCUGCUUCCGCUGCCGGUACCGCAACAGGAGCACGCACGGUCACAGGCUUUGCCCUCGCUGCCAGUCCACCUCGACGUCGAGGAGCAGGACGAGAUCACCUCUCGUGUGAAUGAUAUUCUGUCCCGCUGUGCCUUUCACUUUGUCGCCAAAUACCAGUUUCCCAUCCCGCUAGAAAGGGAUAAACCCAGGGUCCGCACGCCGGGGGACCGCGAGUGGACCGAGUGGGCGUAUUUAUUGAAGAGACUCGCCACCAAGCGAAGGAUCCCAGCCCGCGUGCUCUACGACAACCAAAUCAAACAGUUCGUCACGACAUUAGAGAACUCUAUUGCCGUCAAGCAAAACAACAGAGACCAGCAGCCCAGAACGCCAAAGGACGACCGGUAUAUGCUGCAACUAGUCAGCGCCGCCACGCAGGUCGCGAAGAUCUUGAUGGAUUCAUUGUCUAUGGAACAGCUCGACGCUCUAUAUAGGCAAACCGAGAGCGUAAUCCUCGAAAGAAGAGCCAGACUCAGAGGGUUGGGAUUUCAGUGA